CUGCCUUUCGCGAUUGCUGACUGCCCUAUUGGAACCACCUAUCAUCCGGAUUUUAACAGAUGCUACCUGUUUGUAUCGGAGCCGCAACCAUUUGGACUGGCCGAGGAUGCCUGUGUCUCCAACAAAGGCCACGUAGUGUCGGUUAUGAACGGCUUCGAGAACGCAAUGUUAGCUGAGUCGGCUGUGGCACAGAACAUAAGAUCACCAUUUUUCGUUGGAAUGAACAAAUUGCAAGGAAAUUGGAGCAACUCAGACGGAUCAUCGUAUACGUACACAAACUGGAAUCCAGGCCAACCAAGCGCGUCAGCUACAUGCGCAGUGUCGAAAGCUCCAGAUGGUUCUUGGACGUCGGUCUCUUGUUCCAAUCCGGCUCCAUUCAUCUGCGCCAUAGCCGAGGAUGCCCAUCCAGCCGUAACCUGCCCAACAUGUGCAACGCCUACCUGUCCACCACCUCCACGCCAGCCAGGUCACUGCGAAUCUGAAUGGACGUAUUUUGAAGGCACGGAUUCCUGUUAUCGUAGAUUCUUCUGGGCCACAUUCGAUAACGCUGAAGAAAUCUGUGUAUCAGAAGGCGGCCACCUGACCUCCUUGCAUAGCAAUGAAGAGAACGAUUUCGUGAUCGGUAUAGUUUUUUGUUUACUGAGUUCUCACGGUUGA